CUUCACCGAUCUGAAUUCAAGAAUCGUAUUGUAAUCUCCUGAAAAAGUUUUUCUUUUGGUCAAGAAUCUCUCUUUGUUGUUUCAAUUCCAAAAAAAAGUCCGAUGAUCCAAAACAGUGACGACACAAAUCGCCGGAUCUUGAGAUUUCCGGCAGUUCAUCCCUGUCAAUCAGUCUCCCCAAGAACCCUUCUUCUUGAUCUCAUCUCUCUCUCUCGUAACAUAUGUGAUUACAAGUCGAAGGUGUUCGCUACCCAGAAAAGGAAUGCAAGAGAAGCGAUUCGUCAAAUUAGAAUUCUUCUUAUCUUCUUCGAAGAAAUUCGUGACCGCCAUGAUUCAGCUUUGCCUGAUUCUGUUAGGCUCUGUUUCUCAGAGCUGCAUCUUACUCUCCAGAAGCUCCGGUUCUUGUUGGAAGAUUGUACCCGUGAAGGAGCUCGGGUUUGGAUUCUGAUGAAGUGCGAACGAGUAUCGACGGAAUUCAGAGUUCUAAUCAGGACGAUAGCUACGGCUCUGGAUGUGCUUCCUUUGUGUUCGAUCGAUGUUUCCAGUGAAGUUCGAGAAUUGGUCGAAUUAGUGGCCAAUCAGGCUUUCAAGGCGAAAUUUGAUGUCGACCCAGAUGAUGAAAGGGCAGCGAAAGGUGUUCUUGCCAUUUUAAAUCAGUUCGAGAGCAAGAUCGUUCCUCAUUGGAUCGAUGUUAGACGGGUUCUUGACUACCUCAAGAUUCGAAGCUGGAGCCAGUGUAAUAAGGAGAUCAAGUUCUUGGACGAAGAGAUUGAUUCGGAAAGCUCCAAAGGGGAGGAGAGGGAGUUUAUGCUUCAGAGUAGUCUAAUGGGUUUCAUGUGUUACUGUCGAGUCGUAAUUUUCGAUGUUGUGGAUUGUCGAAGUAACAAUCGUUCCGAUUUCAGAUGCAAUGGGGAGGUGCUCAGUUGCUUGAAUCCGGAGGAUUUCCGAUGCCCAAUCUCUCUGGAGCUCAUGGUUGAUCCAGUGACCAUAUCUACAGGCCAUACUUAUGAUCGAUCUUCAAUCCUUAAAUGGCUCAAAUCCGGAAACUUCACCUGUCCCAAAACAGGGGAGAAGCUAACGUCUACGGAACUGAUCCCUAAUUCAACUCUGCGCAAGCUUAUCCAGAAGUUCUGUUCCGAUAAUGGAAUUCCAAUUGCUGAACCUGGCAGCAGGAGUCGUGACAUAACAAGAACAGUUCUUGCGGGCAGUAACGCAGCUGCAGAAGCCAUGAAUCAGCUCGCCAGAUAUCUUGCCCCCAGGCUUGAAGUCGGAACAGGGGAAGAGAAGAACAAAGCCGCUUAUGAGAUCCGUUUGCUCUCAAAAUCCAGUAUUUUCAACAGGGCUUGCUUCGCGGAAGCCGGUACGAUCCCUCCUCUACUGGUUUUACUUUCUUCCAUUGACCCAUCAAUCCAAGAGAAUGCAAUUGCUGCCCUAUUAAAUCUGUCAAAGUAUUCCAAGUGCAAGACAGAGAUUGUCGAGAAUGGUGGGUUGAGAUUGAUUCUGGAUGUUCUAAGCAGAGGUUUGAAGAUGGAUUGUCGCCAAAUCGCAGCUGCUACUCUGUUUUAUCUUUCUUCAGUGGAAGAGUACAGGAUCUUGAUAGGAGAAACACCAGAAGCAAUCCCCUCCUUGGUGAACCUGAUUAGGGAGGGGAAUCCAAGAGGAAAAAAGAAUGCUGUGGUUUCGAUUUUCGGGCUUCUUCUCUACCCAGGGAACCAUGAAAUGGUGAUUGAAGCAGGGAUAGUCCCAUCGCUGGUUGAUCUUCUCACAUCUUCAGAAAGAGAAGAUCUUGUUACUGAUUCUCUAGCAGUUCUAGCAAGGUUAGCCGAGAAACCCGAUGGGACGAUUGUGAUCCUCGGGACCUCAGCUUUACCUCAUCUGAUUAGGAUUUUAAACUCCUCCACAUCUAGAGUAGAGAAGGAGUAUUGCGUUUCAUUGUUGCUCUCCUUGUGCAAUAAUGGCGGGGCAGAGGCGAUGUCGAUCUUGCAGAGCACCCCUUCCCUUAUGGCAUCCUUGUAUUCUCUACUCACAGAUGGCACCUCUCGUGCUAGUAAGAAGGCUAGUUCACUCAUCAGCAUCCUCCAUGAAUUCCACAGUUCUAGUUCCACUGGAUUGUUGGCUCCAGAGGUACCUCAAGAACGAUUUGUUCACGUACGUUGAUCCAAUUUUGUUCCAUUUAUUCUUUUUUCAAGCAUCUGUGUAAAUAUCGAUGCUUUUUCUUUUUUUCUUCCAUUGAAGAAAGUUACAUUAGCUCAGUUUUUUCAAGAGCUAAAUAUGGAGUCACAGUUUCUGAUUAUGAAGCUAUGUACACCACAUAUAUGUACUUAUACAGUUGUGUAUUCUGAUAUAUUUGUUGUAUUAAAGCAAAUAAAGGUGUGUUACAGAGUUAAGAUCCA